AUGUACCACACGCUUGCCGCAAUCGCUACUGUAAUCGCAAACCUUCCUAUCCUCCUCACCGUCACGCUGUCCCAAUUGUUAUUGUUCUUCGAUCUAUGCGCUCUCCUUAAGGACGACAUUGCCCUCAUACAUCCGGAUCAUAUCAACACAAUCACGACCGCUCCUCCCCUGGUCCCUGAGGUGCAUCUGGAGUGGAUAGCUACGACUGUCGGUCUGAGCAACGCUCAAGCCGAUGCUCUAUGGACCACAUUUCGGGAGACAAUAUGGGCCUGGGGGCGGAUUGAUCUGCGACUGCGGAAGAUACUUGAUAGCAUUGAAGCAUUCGGAUGGAGGAAAGGAAUAUGUUGCGGUACGAAUUAUCGCAAUAAUUAUAGCGUGUCAAAGCCGCUACUUCCUCAAGACCCCGCCUUUCGUGUCUACUACGACCAGUUGAAGGUACCGAUAGAAUAUUACCAAGUAACCGACCACCACUAUGUUGACGCAAAGCUUGCGAACAUGUGGACGCACAUGAUGGCUAUUAGCACUACGGCUGCCACGAGCUGCGCCAAGCUCUACGAGGCAACGUUCGCGCAUCAAGUGCAGACCUCGGCGACCCACUACUUUACACGCCCUGAGAGCGCACAUUUUGUUGCCGCCCUCCCAUUCUCUCCCAAGCUCACUGUCGACCACGUUUGGACGGCCUUCACGAUCCACGCUCUGCUCCGUGACGCGCAUGCUCACCACAUGCCGUUCAUCGUCCCUCAUGAUGGUGAGCAGGCUGCUCGUUUCAAUACCGCCAUGCACCAGCGCAAUCUGCGCAUCAUUCAAUUCGGGCAAGACGCAGCACGGCAUUGCUGCAAUGUUUGCAUGCGUAUAUGGGACGAGGUCGACCCUUCCACCGGAAUAAUUAUCAGGAGCAAGUGUUUCUCUCCGCCUUGA